UGACAGGUGAGAGGUAAACAAGUUGAAAGGUCGUGUUAGCAAAACGGUAAGGCGGCUACACGUUUGCUGCAGUCACACGAAGUAAAGGCAGUUAAAGAAAGCGAGUUUUCCGGGUGUGAAUAACUCGCGAGAAACGUAUCGGUUGGGGAAAGUUUCAACAGGCGUCGGCUUCGAGGACCAGUAACGCCGAGACGCGUCGCUUUUGCUCGUUAGCUAACGGCAGCGAGCUGCUAGCUGGCUGGCUUAAGUUGCGAUGUCGCAACCAAGUGCUCGGAUUUACUGGAGCUAACAGAGCUAGCUCACCUAACUGACAUUCACUUUGAUUCUGGAGGAAAAACAAAAAGAUGGCUGUGUCGGUGCGAGGCCUGUACUUUGUGGUGACCCUGUUUUUGGGUAGUUUCUUUGGAAGUGUCUUCAUGCUGGGUCCAGUGUUGCCUCUCAUGCUGCUGUCUCCUGCUUGGUACCGCUGGAUCACCGAUCGCAUCGUCGCUACCUGGCUCACCCUGCCUGUGUCGUUGCUGGAGCUGGUAUUUGGGGUGAAGGUGGUGAUAACGGGCGAUGGCUUCAUUCCGGGUGAGCGAAGUGUGAUCAUCAUGAACCACCGCACCCGACUGGACUGGAUGUUUCUUUGGUGUUGUCUGCUCAGGUACAGCUACCUUCGUCUGGAGAAGAUCUGCCUCAAGGCUGCGCUGAAGGCCGUGCCUGGCUUUGGCUGGGCGAUGCAGAUGGCCUGCUUUGUCUUCAUUCAGCGUCGUUGGGAGGAGGACAAGAAGCACUUGGCGAACAUGCUGGACUACUUCUGCGACAUCAGAGAACCCCUGCAGCUGCUGCUGUUCCCGGAGGGCACAGACCUCACCGAAAAUACAAAAGCAACGAGUGAUGUGUUCGCUGCCCAGAACAACCUGCCGAAAUUCGAGUAUGUGCUGCAUCCCCGCAGCACUGGAUUCACCUUCAUUGUGGACAGACUACGAAAAGGAGAUAACCUGGAUGCUGUCCAUGAUAUUACUGUGGCAUACCCCAAGAACAUCCCUCAGACAGAACGACACCUCAUCCUGGGACAUUUCCCCCGUGAGAUCCACUUCCACGUCCGCCGCUUCCCUGUGGCUUCCCUGCCCCCCUCCUCCGACCUGGAGUCUUGGUGUCGAGAGCGCUGGGUUGAGAAAGAAAGCCGACUGCGGGACUUCUACUCAGGCCAGCACCGGGGCUUUGAUAGGGACGGUGUUGUACUUGUGCCACCUUGUAAGACGGAGCUGCGAGUGUCUCUGAUCAAAGCUGCCUCACUGCUGUACUGGAGCAGUUUCAUUGCUCUGUGCUUCACUGGCCUGUGGCUGUGGGCUCCGUUCAGGAUCUACUUCCUGGUCAUGGUUGGAGUAUUUAUGGCCCAGCAGAAGUUGAUUGGCGGGCUGGAGCUGCUGGAGUUGGCCUGCCAUAAAUACUGGAAGGCCAUGGCUGCCUCCGUGGAUGAGAAGAGUAAGGCGCAAGAUAGGAAGAUGCAGUGAGAAUGGAAGAUAAGGUUGACUGGACACUGAUAUGUUUCCACCUAUGCUCAGCAAAGAUACUGAGGACUCAGUUGUCUUGGCCUGUUCAGUCCAGAGGGCAAGAGGAUCCUUAUGAGGGACCCAAUGCUCCAUGCCUUAGAAAAGGGAGUAAUGAGUUAACUUCCUUACGGUAUGCAUAGCUUCAGUGGAGAGAGCUUCACUUUCCGUCCAAGAAGAAUAAGAGGAAUGUUAUUUACGUGUAUCUUUGUUGGAUUCAAGGAAUUCAUACACAUACUGUGUCAUACUUGCUCAUUGUAGGUCUCUCCUCAUAUGAACUCUGUUGUUUAGCUUGCUCUUGGUGCAUUUUAUUAGAUCAUGUUGUUGGUGUUUUAUUAUAGUUGUUUGUUCAGAACCUCUGUGUGCACAUGCAUCAUGAAACAAUGCUGUUAGUAUUUGUUAUACUGUUGCCAUGUCUUUGAAACUGGUUUUAUUAUAUGCUAUGUUGCCCUUGGUUUUAUAUCCGUGUCAUAAAUUAUGGAGCAGAGCCAUAGUACAGACCACCUGCACAUAUGAUAAGUUGUCUCUCACCAAUAUUCAAAUCAGCACUGCAAUUAGCAUGAUUAGACUGACGGGGCUAGUUAAAUGAAUCGGUUUCAAUUAGUAGUCCCUGACAAGGAAAGAAAAGGUUUGAUGUAAUUGCCAGAGAAUUACAAAGGAAUAUACAGGUAUAUAUGUGUACCAUUGUUUACCUGUUUUGGGUCUAAUUACCCUUUUCUACAAAUUGGGGAAUGAAGUUUUCCCUGUUAGUCAUUAUAGAUAAUGUGUGUGAUGAUGUUUAUAACUGUAAAUGUCUUGAAACGUAAACUAUGUUAUUCUCUUUGUUUGCGCAAGUAGCUUUUGCACAUAAAAGCCAAAGGUAAGAAAAGCAGACGUGGUUUUAAAAAAAAACAACAAACAGAAUGUAGUCUAUGUUGUUAGGAAAGGAGACCCUCGCCCACUACGGGCAAGGUUACCCACAGCUCCGCCGAGGUAACGCUUGUAGUCAUCAACUCAUCAAGAUCAAAGGUCUGACGGAUCUUAUGUCUGUAGAAGCAGAUGAGCUUUGUGCCCUUUCUGGGAAUUAAGAAAUGCCUUUUAGAGGCAGGAUGUGGGUGGUUGUGCUGGGGUGGAAGAAUGUCCUGUUGGGACAACAUUGCCCCUCCAUGUGCAGGGUGGCAUAGAGGACCAGACUUGGAGUGGAAAACUGGCCAUGAACUCAA